AGGCGCCCACGCUGGCCUGCACGCCCGCGGGACCUGCCCGACCGAGCCGCCGCCAUGAUCAUCCCUGUGCGCUGCUUCACCUGCGGCAAGAUCGUCGGCAACAAGUGGGAGGCCUACCUGGGGCUGCUGCAGGCCGAGUACACCGAGGGGGAUGCCCUGGAUGCGCUGGGCCUGAAACGUUACUGCUGCCGCCGCAUGCUGCUCGCCCACGUGGACCUGAUCGAGAAGCUGCUCAAUUAUGCGCCCCUGGAGAAAUAGCUGUGCUGACUACGGGCAGGGGGUGUCUUGCCCAGAACUCACGAAACAGGGGUGUCAGGGAGCUGGGAGCAGUGCCUGAGCACAGCCGUGUGGGCUUGUGUCUCCACUCUGGAAGGCAGCAGCCAGUAAAGGUCUUUGCAGAACCA